AAUUUUUACCAAACACGCCCUAAACCCCAUCCCCAAUCCCCCAUCUUCCUAUCACCACCAACGUGCUUUGAAUAAACAAGCAAACGCUGUAAAUUUCCGAAAAAAAAUCAAACUUAAUUCUCAAUGGAAACUUCGACCGGCAAUGCUCUCCUCCUCCUCUCCCCAAAUCCACACACUCUCACCGAUUUCAAUUCAUCAUUUAACCAUCUCAACAUUCUCAUUUCCUCCUCACCUAUCUACUCGCACACCGGUCCCAAUCCAACCGCAGCCGCACGCAAGGUGUUUGCUAAAAUCCCCAAACCAAAAUUGACCUUCUCAUCCACCACACUUUCCAGCCAGGACCUCUCUCAAACACCACAAAAGCGUAAUUGGCUCAAGCCGGCCGCUAGAGGAUCGCCGGCGGCCCAAGCCCUGUUUAAGAAUCUCUCCACUCUUGAGCGGGCGGUCAUCGGCGCGGCUGCUGGUGGGAUUGCUGGUGCAUUUACUUAUGUGUGUCUUCAUCCCCUCGAUACGGUCAAAACCAGGCUGCAGACAAAGGGUGCAUCCGAAAUUUACAAAGGCGCAUUCGAUGUGAUUGUCAAGACUUUCCAGAGUAAGGGGAUUUUAGGAUUCUACAGUGGCGUUUCCGCGGUUAUUGUCGGAUCGACGUUCUCCUCUGCAGUUUAUUUCGGAACUUGUGAGUUUGGGAAGUCGUUUUUGUCGAGAAUUGGGAGCUAUCCGCCUCUGUUGAUCCCUCCAACAGCUGGGGCAAUGGGGAACAUUGUAUCGUCUGCGAUCAUGGUGCCGAAGGAAUUGAUCACGCAGAGGAUGCAGGCGGGCGCCAACGGGCGAUCAUGGGAGGUCUUGUUGAGGAUUUUGGAGAAAGAUGGAAUCUUGGGGCUGUAUGCUGGAUAUAGUGCCACAUUGCUUAGAAAUCUGCCUGCUGGUGUUUUGAGUUAUUCGUCGUUUGAGUAUCUGAAAGCUGCGGUCUUGAGGGAGACAAAGCAGGCGAAUUUGGAGCCGUAUCAGAGUGUUGGCUGUGGGGCUUUGGCCGGGGCAAUAUCCGCCUCUUUGACAACUCCUUUGGAUGUAGUGAAGACUAGGCUGAUGACACAGGGCCACGGGGAGGCUGUGAACAAGGUUUCUGCUGCCAUGUAUUCGGGAGUGAGGGAUACAGUCAAGCAGAUACUUAAGGAAGAAGGGUGGGUUGGAUUCACACGUGGGAUGGGGCCUCGAGUUUUCUAUAGUGCUUGCUUUUCUGCUAUAGGGUACUUUGCAUUUGAAACAGCUCGGCUUACAAUUUUGAAUGAGUAUAUAAGGAGAAAGGAGCUUGAAGUUGUUGUUGUUCCUGCUGAUGCAGUAGCUGAUCAAAGUGGCUGAGAUAUUGAGCGCAGUAAACCUAGCAAACUUGAUCAAAUUAGUUGAAAAUGAGGCUGCAUUGCUGCAGGUUAUCUCACCUUCUAAUGUAAUGGUGUUUGUUUAAGAAGGGUUCCAGUUAUUCAGCCUUUGAGUCACUUCAACUAGUUUUUGUACUUUAUAUUUCUUAUAUCUGUUGUCUAUUACUGGUGUAUAUCUGAAGCCUUGACAUUUUCAAUAACAGUCAUAGCAUAUUAGUACUGGAUUUUCUUCCCAAUACUGCCUUAUGGAUUUACCUAAUAUGUUAUGAUACAUAGGAAUGUUGUAUGGAAACUUUUGUUCUUUUA